GAAGCAAGCUUGAUCCUAACAGUGGAGGAGGCAGUGAGAUGGAAUGGACAGGGUGUAGCUCUUGAUCCCUAUGAGAUAUUCAGGGCGUAUCCUUCAGAAUCUGAGAAGCCUGACAGUUUACUCUACAGACAAGCGGGUGAUGAUUAUAGAAUCGUCUUCCAUUUUAAGCCUCUUGAACUUGAUGGUAAACCAUUUGAUGGUCUUACCAUUGCAACAUGCAUCAUAACAGUACCAGGGACCGAGGAAUUUCUGACAUCCUUCUCUGUAGAAGCAGUGGAUAAAAACUCAGAUUCGAAAAAAAUUCCAGUUGAUAAUACAAGAUUCUCAUCAUAUUUCACAUUACUGGUGCAUGAGGAAUGGCUGUGUAUUGGCAAGGACUCUUCUGCGCAGUUCAGGAGGAUUGUGAAUAAAUAUGAAAUGAAAGCUAAGACUCCAUUUCCAAUUAGCAAAAUAAAAGGAUUUGACACAUGGCUGGGAGAUUAUCAUGUGGAAAAAAGAAACAGAACAAUGAUUCCAAUUUUCACGGAAGUCAAAUAUAUGAUGAUAGACAGUCGGCCGACACAAUUUCUUAAAUAUAGUGAGUAAAGUUUUUAUAGUUGGCCAAACGCAGUGAGGUAUAUAUUUUAGCUCAGAUUCUCUUCUGCCUGUAUGUAUGCUAUUGGAUACGUCUAUUCCACCCUCUAGGUGAUCUAAUAUU